UAAAAACUCGCGAGAUGCCGCCAUUUUGCCGCGAAAUUCAGUGCUCUGGCUUGGGAAAGUCACAACUUCCCGAAAUCAUAAAUUUUCUACCGUUUUCUGUGUUUCUGUGAACAGAUUGAGUGUCUUGAGGGUCAUUCUAUCUUCAUAACUUUCUCAAGAUCACACAGGACCUUUGGGGCAGCAGAGUGAGCGCCAUAGAGAGAGAAAUCGGCAAAAAAACAAAGACCCUCAUCAGUAUGGCGGUGAGCGCGGCCCACUUCCGUAACCUGGACGUUUCUCUGAACAGUCUGAAGGAAUACAGUAAAAAAUAUGUCCUGACCGGGAUGGAGUUUGCCUCUGAGGUUGCGCUGGAUGUGCAGGAGAUGUCUGCCAAUGAGGAGCAGGUACAGCAGCUGGAAGACGUGAUGGUGGAGUACGCGGCGAUGGAACGAGACCUGAACCAGUUUGUACUGGCUGUGGAGACUGUCAAACAACAGGUGAAAGAUGGGGAGCUGUCCGACCGUGUAGCUGUGGAGAAGGCUCUGAGUGAACAGCUGGAGGCUGGACAGCAAGGGAACAGCAAGGAACAGCUGCUACAGCAUGAGAUGAUCGCUGGGCUACAGGAGAAACUUCGGGAACUCAAGGGUGAAGAAGAAUCGGAGCCCUCCCCUCAGCCAGGCGGGUCCCAGGCGGGAGGCGACGAUGAUGAUGACCUUGAGAUCGAGAUGACCCAGACAGAGGUCAACAUGAAGUGCCCUUUGACCCAGCAGGAGUUCAAGGAACCCGUGAAGAACAAGAAGUGCGGGCACGUGUACGACAAGGGUCCCAUCCUACAGCACAUACGCAGGAAGAGGGGAGUCAAGGGCGGGGUCAAAUGUCCCGUUGGAGCGUGUGCGAAUAACGACCCCGUCACGGAGCAAGACUUGGAAGACGAUGUGGAGAUGAGAAAAAAGAUCCAGAAGAAGAACAGACAGGCAGGGAGGAAGGAUGCACGCAACAGGGACAUGCCCUUCUAGAGUUUAUUUUGUCAUUCUAAACAAAAAGAGACAGAAAAAGAAACUGUGAGACAAAAAAAUCAAAGUUUGACAAAACGAUACAAUGGUACAAAAGAUCCAGAAAAAGGACAGAUAGGCAGGGAGGAAGGAUGCACGGAACAGAGACAUGCCCUUCUAGAGUUGGCCUUGUCUAUCUUGGUUUUAUUUUUUUUCAUUCUAGACAAAAAGAGACAGAAAAAGAAAGUUUGAGACCAAAAAAGUCAAAGUUUUACAAAACGAUACCUAGGUUCUCACCAGGAUUUUUUCACAGCAUAUGGCAAGCGUUGCAAGCAUGAGUUUUGUAGGGGUUUAGAGGAAUCUUUCCCCUGAAAAUUUUUUAGAUUUGUAAGCCUCAGAAAUGCUAUUUCCUGCUUUUUGAGGGCCAAGUUUGAUUAACGCCAACCUUUGUUACAAGACAACAGAAAAGCCCCCUAAUGGGCCUAUACUGGUUGAAGCACAGCAUACGGGCCCAACAGCAUAGGGGAUACAAAUCACAGCGUGUGCUCAAUUGCACUGGCGAGAACCCUAGGUACAUUGUACAUGUAACAGACACUUCUUACUAAAAUACAUGCAUACAUCUACAAACAUGUUCAAGAAAUGUAGGACUGUGAGUACAGGACAAGAAGCUAUACAGACUAUGUUAUGUAAAAAGCUAUGAAAUAUAAAGACAUAACGACACUCUACUGUAACAGUUAUUUAUUGUCAACAUGCAAGAAUGUUGUACAGUUUUAUACAAAAGUCUGUAUUCUUCAUUAUUGAUGAAAGUCAAGUUUAUAUUGUGGGAUCACAAGAGUCAAGCUUGUUUAGGCAGAAGACUUUUGAUAGCGAUGGUCACAACAACAGUGUAAAAACAAAUUGUAAAGAACAAGUUCAUAGCCAGAUAAUAAAACAUAAGUAAGUAGAAAGGGUAUUUACGUUUUUAGUUGAGUAGAAAUUGUUCUUUAGCAUAAAGAUGUUCGACUGUAGAGUAGACACUACCCAUAAGGUAGUUGUUGUUUUUUCCUUCUGUUUUUAGUUCAAUUUCUGUUUAUUUGCUUAACCAGAUAAAGUAUCUAUCUGAAACCUUGUACAUUUUUGUAUUAGAUGUUUUCUUAGGCUUAUGUACAUUCCAUUAAACAUACAGCAUUGAAAA